AUGCUAAAUAACUGUAAAUCUGAUAUUGAAGCAAUUCGGUGUGGAGUACCUCAGGGUUCAAAUCUUGGACCUCUAUUAUUUCUUAUUUACAUAAACGACCUCCCAAACUGCCUAGAAACAACACACUCUAAUUUAUUUGCUGAUGACACAAUUUUAUCAUGUCAAGGGCAUUUAUCCAUAGAUAUUGAAUACAAACUUAACAAAGUCCUAGUAAAUGCUCAAAAAUGGUUAUCAGCGAAUAAACUAACAUUAAACAACGAAAAAACCAAAUAUAUGAUUAUUGGAUCUCGGCAACGAUUGAAAACCUUAGAUCACGUGCCAAAAAUCAGUAUAAACGGACAUCAAAUUGAACGAGUUUAUAAAAAGGAAGCUUUGGGUAUAGGUAUAGACGAUAGACUUAGCUGGAAUAGGCAAAAUGAAGAACAAUGCAACAAGAUAUCAAAAAAUAUUAAUCUUUUAAGAAAAGCCAAAGAUUUUGUUGGCCUAGAUACGCUCAAAAUUAU